CCCGAGCGUUGGUGUGCCCGCAACCUUCGAGUCGUGGCGGCGUGCUGGGGGCCAGACGACCUGCUGCUGUUUGCAGCUAAAGGGGAGGCAAUGAUCUAUGCUCUCACCAACACUGGACUUAUGAGUGGUGCCCAAACCAGCAAAGCGGUCCCAAUCCUUGACAUAACAAAAGUGGAGUUGCCCUCAGGCCACCCGGUCGGAGGCCCAGUGUUGGACAUGUGCUGGGAUUCCACAGGCAGAUACCUCGCUCUUCUGUUCGAAGAGUCUCCUCUCAUAGCCGUGUUCUGCACUACGCAUCUUAUGAUGCAGCUGAAGAUCACUCCUUGCUGCUUCAUCAACGGCAUAGACAACGAACUACCCUCAACCAUGGCGUUCCAACAGAACUUCACCGAAGGAGCCUGUCUCACCGUCGCCUGGUCAUCAGGCAGGAUACAGCAUUUCCCUAUCGUGUACAAUAUGUAGAGGUCAGGUCAGUUUGUAGCUUGACAUUUAUAUGGUGGAUAGUACAACCAGAGUAAAUACAAAUGAGUAGGUCAUCUUCAUAGAAAGAAACGCACCGAGCGCGGUUUGUAUGUGAG